AUGAAGCAACUAUCAGAUCCAUUUCUGCCUUGGCCUUCAUAUAACAUUCUACUAGGAAUCCCCAUCAUCGUUGUCGGUCUUCUGCUGCUAGACUUCACAAAGCGCAGAAAAAGGUGGCCCCGCUACCCACCAGCUCCCUGUACUUUUCCAUUUGUGGGGAAUGUGCUGCAGAUUGACUUAUCAGACCUUCGCGUCAACUAUAAACAGGUAAGCUUCAUGGGAAAUCUGUCCAGACGAGCUGUAAAUAUCAAAGCACCGUGUAUAUGUUAUGAAUAUCAUUGCCUGGUAAUUAUCAUGCCAAUCAUUAAUUUCAUACCUAGCUAAUGAUUAAUACACACAAACAUACAUCUAAACACAGAAAUAAUUUGGGGAAACCAAAAAUAGCAUUAUCUAUAGCCAGAACCGAUGAGAACAUUUGGCAAAAAUUAAUUUUUGCUGCCCCCUCAUGAAUGCAACUACUGUAUAUUAUUUUAGAAGUUUAUUCACUAAACUCUGAUUUGCAGUAAAUUUAAAACCGAACUGUAGCCGAAUUGGAGAAUUCUUCUAGAUCAGCUAUUUUGGCCUACAUUUUGCGAUUUGGUUUCCAGUUAGGUCUGAUAACAGUGCUCAUUCCUCUCUCGUAACAAUCUGUGUAUUCUCUCUCAGCAGCUUUUAUCCCGAUCUUUCUCCUGUUUCUUUAUUCCAAAGCUUGCAGUCUCUAUGUUCAUGAUUUUUCUUCCAUUGACGCUCUCCAGCCGUCUUUCUUUUUCUUAUAGGGUUAUUCGCUAAAGUGAGAGCUGUUGGGAGAUCAAAGUGCGAAGCUUUUAAUUGAAAUUAACUUUUAAUUUAUUUUGAAUCCAACAAUUCUCACUUUAAUGAAUAACCUCUGUCAUUUUCUUUUCCCUGUCUAUUAAUUAAACAGUGAGCUGAAAUAACUUGCAACAUUUAGGCUAAAACGGAAGAGUUGUAUAAAGUCACCAUCUCAACUCCUUUUCAUAAUUUCAAAUCACUGUUUAGUGAACAGACUCCUAAGUGUCUAGUUGCCUCUUUAAGAGAGACAGGCCACGACAUUUAGUGGAAAAUGUCUCGGAAACAGCGAAGACAUUUAGGAAACGGACAGCCUUUGGAAGAAUUUAAGGAACAGAGAUGGACCGGUGAGGCUGGGAAGACCUUUAGGGGAAAAAAAAAAGGAUUUGAAGAGACGUUUAGGAGAGACACAGUGAGAUCACACUUAUGGAAAGAAAGAUACUGCCCCUAUGUAACAAGAUACAUUCAGUACAUGUAUCCAUACAUACGCAUUGCCCAAUAUACACAUCCAUCCAUACACACCCACUGCCAAUACACACAUACUGCUCAAUACACCCAUCCAUCCACACAUACUGCUCAAUACACCCAUCCAUCCACACAUACUACUCAAUACAAUACAUCCAUCCAUCCAAACAUACUACUCAAUACAAUACAUCCAUCCAUCCAAACAUACUACUCAAUACAAUACAUCCAUCCAUCCAAACAUACUACUCAAUACAAUACAUCCAUCCAUCCACACAUACUACUCAAUACACCCAUCCAUCCACACAUACUGUUCAAUACAAUACAUCCAUCCACACAUACUACUCAAUACAUCCAUCCAUCCACACAUACUCCUCAAUACACCCAUCCAUCCACACAUACUGUUCAAUACACCCAUCCAUCCACACAUAAUGUUCAAUACAAUACAUCCAUCCAUCCACACAUACUACUCAAUACACCCAUCCAUCCACACAUACUGUUCAAUACAAUACAUCCAUCCACACAUACUGUUCAAUACAAUACAUCCAUCCAUCAACACAUACUACUCAAUACAAUACAUCCAUCCACACAUACUGCUGAAAACAUCCAUCCAUCCAUCCACACAUACUUCUCAAUACACCCAUCCAUCCACACAUACUGCUUAAUACACCCAUCCACACAUACUACUCAAUACAAUACAUCCAUCCAUCCACACAUACUACUCAAUACAAUACAUCCAUCCACACAUACUGCUGAAAACAUCCAUCCAUCCACACAUACUGCUCAAUACAUCCAUCCAUCCACACAUACUGCUCAAUACAUCCAUCCAUCCACACAUACUGCUCAAUACACCCAUCCAUCCACACAUACUGCUCAAUACACCCAUCCAUCCACACAUACUGUUCAAUACAAUACAUCCAUCCACACAUACUGUUCAAUACAAUACAUCCAUCCAUCCAUCCACACAUACUACUCAAUACACCCAUCCAUCCACAUAUACUGUUCAAUACAAUACAUCCAUCCACACAUACUGCUCAAUACACCCAUCCAUCCACACAUACUACUCAAUACAAUACAUACAUACAUACAUCCAUCCAUCCAUCCACACAUACUGCUCAAGACAUCCAUCCGUGGAUGGCUGUCUUGAGCAGUAUGUGUGGAUGGGUGUGUAUAUUGUUACAACGGGGGCAUUAUCUUUCUUUCCAUAAGUGUGAUCUCACUGUGUCUCUCCUAAAAUAUCUACCAGUCUGUCUCUGUUUCCAAAUAUGUAGCCAAGACGUAGCCUACAUGGUUAACAUAAUCAACAAUCAUUACAGAUUAAAACCGAUUGAGAUCAGAUUCCGAUCAGUCAGCAGAGUCACAGCCCCAGUUCUACAGUUUGAACACUGAACACUUUAAAUAAUACAGUAGGUAUGUGUAAUAGGAGUUAUUUAAAGUAUUAGUGACAGACAGAUUGCUUCUCUCAAGAUGAUUGCUUGCUAAUCUCUCCGAAGGGCACUGUAACACCUGCUGGUGCUAUCAGCUAAUGAUGGCACCUCAACAGAGAAGCCAACAGCAUCCUACACUCAUGGGCCUCUGCUGUCCAAAUGGCAGCUCAAUUGAAAUUCCUUCUUAAAGGACAAUAGGCAUGUGCAAAACCUGCUUAAACAGGGCAGAUUUCAAAGCAGCCCCAUUAUUUUACAUGCCUAGAUACUCUCAAGUGAGCUUCUCCAAACAGCUACCAAUGAGAGGGAGGAGCCAUGCAAACACAACCCUAUUACAGAAUUAAAGAGACACUAUUUUCCCCCAUUAUUUUUGGCUUACCAUCCUCCACUCCUAAAAAAUAAUCUUAGUAUUUCUAAACUACUAAAAAUAUAUUUUUCCUCACAUAAAAACUGGUGAAACUCUGUCCCAAGUGCCCCUACGGACAAGCUGCCACCGCACACACACGACCGUGUAUUUUUUCUACACUUUAAAAAACAGCACUGACUAGUCUAAAAUAGUUUGUGGAGAGGAUUUUGUUGGUAGGUGGAGGUAGUUCUUUUAUUUAUGUUUAUUAAAAUUCACCACACCCAGCAUAUAUCCGUAUACUAAACAUUCACUACAUUUAUACAAUUACGGGUAUACUCAUCCUGUAUAAAAAUACAUUAUAACUUAUUAUAAAGUUAGAUUAUAACUUUUAUAUGCAGAAACAUUCUGCAUAUAUUCAUUCAUGGAGGUAGUUCUUUGAUAAGUCAUUUAAAAGGUUAUGUGCACCAUAAAUUAAGACUUCAUCCUAAUAAAUACAUUAAUAAACAUUUGUUUUUAAAAAAACGGUGCAUAGCGUGAGGAUGUCCAGCAUCAUUUAAAACACUUUUAGUGUUCUAAGAAGCCAAAAGUCCCUCUAGUGACUGUCUGAUAGACUGCGACUAGAGGAGGACUUAACCCUGCAAGGUAAUUAUUGCAAUUUAUAAAAACUGCAAUAAUUACACUUGCAGGGUUAAGGGUGAUGGGAGUUGGCACCCAGACCACUCCAAUAGCAAGAAGUGGUCUGGGUGCCUGAAGUGUCCCUUUAAGGAGGGGCACCCAGUGGACCCCACGUAAGAAGUCAAACUUUUUAAAAAUGGUUUAACUACUUAUAAUGAAUGGACAUCAGGGCAAGCCCACCAUAACCAGUGCAGGGAGCUGGAGGGGAUGGAGGAGGAAAUGAGACACAUGAAGGGGCUGGGGGGAAUGAUACACAUGGAUGGACUUGGUAGAGAACAUGAUACAUAUGGGGGAGCAUGGGAAAUGGGACACAUGAUAGUCGAGGGGAAUGAUACACAUGGGAUUCGAAGUGAAUGAGACACAUUGAGAGGCAGGGGGAAUGAGAUACAUGAAUGGAGGGGCUGGGGGAUAAAAUGAGACACGAGGGAGCAAGGAGAAUGUGAAGGGGCUGGGGAGGAAAUGAGACACAUGAAGGGGCUGGGGAGGAAAUGAGACACAUGAAGGGGCUGGGGGGGAAAUGAGACACAUGAAGGGGCUGGGGGGAAUGGGACACAUGAUAGUCAAGGGGAAAUAUAUACACAUGGGAGUCAAAGGGAAUGAGAUACAUGAAUUGAGGGACUCUGGGAGGACAUGAGACACGUUGAAUGGCUGGGGGAACACAACGAGACGUAGAGGCUGGGGGUGAAAGGUACAAGGUGCUGGGGGAAAGAGACACAGAAAGGGUUCUGAAAAAAGAAAGAGACGCAAAGUGGCUGGGUGGUACAAAAAGACACAGAGGGGCUGGGUAAGGGGGAAAAGAGACAGGCUGGGGAAAAGGGACACAAAAGACAGAGGGGCAGUGGGGAGAAAGAGACGGUGUGGAGGGAAGUUACACACAGAAGGGUUGGGGGGAUAAAGAUACAUAGAGGGGAUGGGGAAGGGGAGAAAGAAACACAAAUGAACUGGAGGAGGGGAAAAGCUACAAACUGAGGAAGGGGAGAAAGAGAAAUACAAAGGGGCUGGGAUAGAAAGAGGGACACAAAGGGACUAGGAUAGAAAGAAACACAAAGUGGCUGGAGGGGAGUAAGAGACAUACAGAUGUCAUGUUAAAGACACACAAAGGGAAACAGUUGGUGGACAAGACAAACUAAGGGGGGUGUAAAGCAAAAUGAGGAUAAGAUACAAUAUAUACAUUCAAAAGAGAGGAUAAAAAACACAAAAAUGGGUAAGAAACUCAAGAGAGGGAUUAGGUAACAAGCAGGUAAAUAUGCAUAUUUUUUUGUUUUCAAGGACAUGGGGAAGGGGCCAAAAUGCAUGUUUGAACCAGCCCUAGUAACAGGGAGUUAGGGCAAUAGAAUUAAACAAUAAUGCUAGAGAGACAUGGGAUAAGGUGAAUAGAGAGAACCAUGAAUAGGGGGACCAAAUAAAACCGAACUUGUGGGACAGUGACAAAUGACAAGAGGGACAGGGCAGAGGGGAAAAGGCUAGGGAGAUAGAGGAUUAAAGAAUUAGAGUGACAAAGGUCUAACAAUAACGUGUGUAAGGGGACAGAGUAACAGGGGUUUGGAGCCUUUAACCCCUGUCACUCUGUCAUCCUAACCACAGGUCACUCUGUCCCCCUAAUGCCCUGACAAACUGGUCUAAGUUGAUAUGGGAUUGAAGUGUAUAUUUAAUUGUUUUAAUAUUUACCCCCUUGCUGAUAGUACUGUCAGAUGGCUUAGAAUGCUAUCCAAGAUAUGAUGAGGUUCUCCAGGCAGGUGUGCAGCUCGCCAAGGCAAUUGAGAGCAGAAGAAUAGGUCCUGCCAGUGGCUACCAUGCCCAGGUCUGUGGCGUUGUCCCAAGGACGUUAGGAGCUUAAGGAUAGGAGGAAGGGCAGCAGUAGUCAAGCCCUCUGUCAUUAUUUUCAUAGAGUGGGCAUUUGUCUGCAACACAAUGCUAGAGGUCUUCUGUGAAGUCUGGAGGAGGAGCAUGGCAUGGAAGUCAAGCCCUCUUUGAUGAUAUAUCUUUAGAGUCGCCAUGGACUCAGGAGCUAUGCUGGAGGACCACUGGGGAGUCUAGGGAAAGGGCGGUUGAAGUCACUCCCUCCUGGCAUAAUCGGGAGAGGACAGCUAACUCCACCACCAUUCUGGUGUGAUUGCGGCGAUUUGUGGAGCAGGUAAAGUUGAAGUAGACAUUUGAAAAAUGUAUAUUACAAGUCAGUAGAGUGAGAUUCAGAUUUUUGCACCCCAAUGCUCAGGAGCCCAAGGCGGCAACCUGUUCUGCCUUAUGGAAAAGCAGAUACUGGGUGUGCUAGAUAAAAUGGGAGCAGUUAUAGACUUGUAUUUUAGGCAAAAAUGUGGACAAUAUCUCUUACAGUUUUGCCCAUAGAACUGAAAAAGGGUUCUCUUUUUAACCAGAAAGGGAUCUAAAAGUUGUGUGUAGCUUAAACCAUUAUUUUUGAAAGGGAUACUAUAGGCACCAAAAACACUUUAGCUUAAUAAAGAGGUUUUGGUGUAUAGAUCAUGCCCCUGCAGUCUCAUUGUUACAUUUUCUGCCAUUUGGGAGUUAAAUCACUUUAGUUUCUGUUUUUGUAGCCGUCGAUACACCUCCCCUGGCUGUGACUGACACAGCCUAGAGGAAACAAAUUGUUUAACUGUCAAUUAGAUGUUAACUUGCUUUAGAAGGUUUUAUGUUCACCUCUGUAAAUUGAACUUUAAUAAAAAUGAUGCUCCAGCAGGAGCCUCAUAAUAAUAUAAUACUAUUAACUAGGUACAAGAUAAGAAAUUCUAAAUUAAGCAGAAUGUGCAAUAAAGGAAGUGUAAACAUUAGAUCUCUUUACCCUGUGUUUAGGAAGGCUGUGUAAGUCACAUGCAGGGAGGUGUGACGAUGGAUGUCUAAACAGGGGGGGAGAGAGGUAGGAGGGCUUGACAGAGGGGGAAGCUAUAGUGCCAGAAAAACGAGCAUCAUGUAUUUGGAACUAAAACUAAACUUUUUGUUCAGAGUUCUUUAUGCAUAGCCAAGAAAACAUUAGGUGGUUAUUGUAGAAAUUGUACUGGAAUGCUAUUUCACCCAUAACCUUACACGAGUUGGCAAUUAUUGCAGACAUUUUUGGCAAUAUCCGAAUUUUGACCUCCAUUACAAUGUGACAUAGAUAAUGAUUGAUAUAUAUAUAUAUAUGUGUGUGCAGAGGCGGCUCUAGACUUUAUGAGGUCUUAGGCGAAACUCAAACAUGAGGCCCAACAUAACACCAAAAUGAAAAAAAAUAGAGUUGCAAUACAUGCACACAUAUAUACAUUGAUGCACUGUCUACCUGUGUAUGUGCCUGAGAGUGUGUAUCUGACAGAGAGUAUCCUUGUGUGUGUGUGUGUGUGUGUGUGUGAGUGUGAAUGUAUGUCUCUAUGAGCACGUUUGCAUUUUUGUCUGGGACCGUUUGUGUAUGAGGUAGCUGCUUGAAGUGUGUUGUGUGUGUGGGGGGGUCUGCCUGUGGUAUUUGUGCAUUUUGUUUAUGGCAAAGCUAUGUUUCCUGACUCUGUGUGUAUGAUGAAUGUCUUCAGCUGGUGACUGUGGCAAGAAGAAUAGAGGGGUACCAGUGGCAGGGAGACUGUGACAGGGUAAAUGGGACAGGGCGGGGGGGGAUUAUGAGAGAGAAUGAGGGAGAGGGAGUAUGACAUGGUUUGAUGAGGGAGUGUGACAGGGCAAUUGCGGCAUUGUAGGAGGGACAGGUGUGACAGGAUUAAGGGGGGUUAAUGUGACAGGGUGAGUGUGGCAGAAUUGACAGGAUUAGAGGCAUUAAUGUGACAGGAUAAGUGUCAGGGUUGGGGGAAUAGUGUGACAGAGUGAGAGAAGGUGAGUGUGACAGAAUUAGGGGGGGUUAAUUUGACAGGGUGAAUGUGGCAGCGCUUGGAAUGUGGAUGCAUGAAGAGGCUGACAGUGUGAGAAGGAUGAUUCUGUAUGGGAGGGAGAUGAUACUGUAUGGGAGGGGGGUGAUGUUGUGUGGGACAGUGAGGUGAUAAUGUGAGAGAGUGGAGUGGCGGUGUAGGGGUGAUGACAGCAGUACCAUCUUAACAGAAUUAUGGGCACUGGUGCCCUGCCUACACAACAAUAAAAAUGUAAAUUAUUUAUAAAAUUAAGCUUAUAUUUAUUGGUACCUUCAGCAAAUGCAAUAUAUACACACACACACACACACUGACUGCUGAACACAUUCACACACUGACUGCAGAGUACACAAACAUACUGACUGCUGAGUACACAAACACACAGACUGUUGAAUACACAAACACACUGACUGCUGAGUACACAAACACACUGACUGCUGAGUACACACACACACACACACACACACACACACACAGACUGCUGUAUACAUAGACACAGUGCUCUGAAUACACACAGAGACCGCUGACUAGACACAGGCUUCUGAAACACACACACAGAAACUGCUAAAUACACACAUACUGCUGAGUACACACACACACUGCUGAGUACACAAGUACAGAUUACUGAGUACGCACACACUGCUAAAUACACACAGACUGCUGAAUACACGCACGCACACAUACACACAGACUGCUGAAUACACACACAGAGACUGCUAAUAAACACAUACAGCUGAAUACACCCAGACUGCAGUGAGGGUGCAGUUUAUGUGUGUAUGGGUGCUGUGUGUGUUAGGGGUGCAGUGUAAUUGUGAGGGGUGCUGUGUGUGAGGCGUGCUGUGUGUGGGGUGCAGGAUGCUGUGUGUGUGUGUGAGAGAGAGGUGCUGUGUGUAAGGGGUGCUGUGUGUAAGGGUGCUGUGUGUGUGAGAUGUGGGUUGUUGUGUGGGGUGGGGGGUGCUAUGUGUUUUAGGAGUACUGUGGGUAAGGGAUGCUGUGUGUGUGUGUGUGAGAGAGAGGUGCUGUGUGUGUGUGAGAUGUGGGUUGUUGUGUGGGGUGGGGGGUGCUGUGUGUUUUAGGAGUACUGUGUGUAAGGGAUGCUGUGUGUAAGGGAUGCUGUGUGUGUGUGUGUGUGUGUGUGUGUGUGAGUCUGAGGGGUGCAAAUGUUUUUUAAAAUAAUAAUAAUAAAUAUCCAUUUAUAAAAUAUUAUGUUCCCCCCACCCUUCUUGUUACUUUAGGGGGAAGGUGGAGGGGACACUGCCAGCCCUGGUGGUCUGGUGAUGAUCUAGCCUGCAGCUCCUCUGGAGACGGUGUUUACUCCCAGAUCACUCCUCCCUGCCUCCAAGGUCCCUCCAGCACUCUCUCUCCCUCUAACUAAGGGCAUUUGGACCGGUGAGGGAGAUCUUUGAUCUCCCCACAGGCCCAAGAGGGCCCACGAGAAGAAAGCUGGCUCUCCAUGGUCCAGAAGGGGAGAUCAAAGGAUCUCCCCUGUCGGCCUUGGCACAUACAGUACAUGGGUACCAUGCUUGUGGGGCCCCCAGGCAACUACCUAGUGUGCCCAUGUGUAAAGAGGGCCCUGGAGGACAGUGUGGGGAGGUGACAGUGUGAGAGGAUGCUAACAGUGUGUCUGGGGAGGCUGUGUCAGAACCAAACAUCGAUCCUUCUGAGUCACUUCUGGGUUUAGGUGUUCGAAACUCUUCCCACUCGUAUGAUGCAAGCUUUCCCUCCCCUUAUAGGGAAGCUUCGCCAAAAACAAAAUGGUUGGUUAUUUUGCCUUGUUAGAGAACUUUCAAACUAAGCUCCUACUUAACCGUGAUUUUGUGUACCAAACCGGACCUCCGACAUUGACGCUUCUGAUCUUUCUUCGACAACUGCUUGGACUUAUUACUUUGAUGCCUUCCCAAUGCCCUGGACUGUUUAGCGGAUUUCCCUUCUUCUCUGAAGACGCCAGGAGUAUUAUAAGUAUACUGCUUCUGUUAAUUGAAUCCUCACUUUGUUUCUACUUGCUACUAAAUUGCUACAAGCUUCCUCUGCAAUAACAUUGUAUUCAUUGCCUGCUACUGCUGUUGCAAAAUAAACUACCAAUCUACCUACCUUGUUACCUGCUAUUCUACUAUUGCAAGACCUUAUAAUCUGUUCUCCAAUUUAUGUUAUUAUUUUGGAAUAUUGGAAAGGCUAUUAAAAGUCUCCAAAAGACUUUGUACUUCUCCCUGAUAUUCCUUAAAGAUACGGUUCAAUUUUAUUUCUGCAGUUUUGUUCAUCAAAGUGUGUUCUCUAUUUCUAAAGCAUUACAGGCUGACCGUGAGUGGGAGUAUGGUGACACAACAUCGUUGUAGGUGACAGUGAGUAUGGCGCAUGACAGUGUGUGUGUGUGUGAGGGGGUUACAGUGUAUAUGAGGGAGGUUGACUAUGUGUGGGGGGGAUACUAUGUGUGGAGGGUAACACUGUGUGUGUGAGUGAGGGUGAUCCUGUGUGUGAGGGGGGUGAUCCUGUGUGUGUGGGAGAGGAUUCUGUAUAGGAGGAGGGUGAUACUGUAUGGGACAGUGGGGUGAUACUGUGAGGGAGGGGGGUGAUAGUGUGGAUGGGGGUGGUGGUGUGAGGGGGGGUGAUGGUUUGAGGGAGGGGUGGUGAGGGAUGGGGUAAUGGUGUGAGGAAAUAAUGUGUGGGGAGUGGGUGAUGGUUUGAGGGAGAGGAGUGAUGGUGUGAAGGAGGGGGGUGAUUGUUUGAGGGAGGGGGGAUGAUGAAAUUAGGGAGGGGAUGAUGGUUUGAGGAAGGGGGUGAUGGUGUGAGGGAGAGGGAUGAUGGUGUGAGCUGGGGUAAUACUGUGAGGGAGGGGGGUGAUUGUGUGAGAUAGCUGGGUAAUAAUGUGUGGGAGGUGGGUGAUUGUGUGAAGGAGGGGGGUGACGGUGAGAGGGAGGGGGACUAAAUACCUUUUGUCAUUCCUUGGUGGUCCAGUGUGGGCUCCCUGGUAAUCCAAUGGGCUCCCUGGUGGUCCAGUGGUGCUAUCCGGUCUGCAGCUACACAGUGUGCAAAGCUGCAGACCAUGCAUCUCGUGCGGCAACACUCUGAUUGGCCAGAUCUCGUGAGACACAUGGUUUGCAGUUCUGCACACUGCAGAGCUACAGACCAGCAGCCACGGGCGCUCUCCUCCCGGGCAGACAGCACCGAGGGGCCUCACACCCGGCGGCAUACUGAGCAAGCCGCCAGACCCCCUCCUGGUGUUGGGUCCUCUGUCAGUGAUUGAGGACCCAACACAAUCUGCCCUAGGGUGGUUUAGGUGGCCGACAAAAGAGUUCAACUCCGGUCACUCUUUCGUCAUGCCUGAAUUGUUAAAUAAUUUGAAUGCAUACUGGUAUUACUAGAGAAGGAAUCAAUAACAGGCUGAAGUGAAGCUUUGACGAAGUAAUUGUUGAUGAUGAGAUAAGUGAAAGUCAAUUAUUUUUGUUUUCAUUAUCAGCUGACUAAAAAAUAUGGAGAUGUCUAUAGUCUGCAGUUUUUCUCGAAAAAGCUUGUGGUACUCAAUGGUUUUGAGGUUAUGAAGGAAGCUCUGCUCAAAAAGAUUCCCAAUGAGUGAGAGAGCUGGAUUUACUGGUAAAGAACAAGGUAAAGACACCAAACGCAAUUUCAUAUUAGCUGUUAAAAUGAAGAUAGAUUUUCCAAAAACAGUUUGAUAUUAGCUGUGAAAAAUUAAGGUAAAUUCUCUAAAUAGAAACAAAAUCCCAAAGCGGGGAAAGUAUGUGAGAGAAAAUAUUGUAAUUUGUUAAAAACAAUCACUUAUGUAAUACUUGAUUUAAAACGGAGAAAGGCGGGGGCGGGGCCUGGCCGCCGAGCUGAGUGGACAUGGGGCGCCUCAGCUCCCUGACAAACCCGCAAUAACCAGCCUCAAAAUGCCCCUACUCGCCUGGAAAACCCUCAGCUGCUGUGAGAGGGCAAAGGGGACCUGACCACCAACCUUUGGGGCAAGUACCAGCCCCCACUCCGCUGGCGAUGCGGUCUGGUGGGCGAGUGGGAUUGCGGCCUGCUGUGAGGCCCUGGCGGGAGAAGCGGCCGAUCUCCCGUGCUUGGUCCGGCGGGACCUCCCACCGCCUGCUAAGGGCCCCGUUACCCCCCCCCUGUGGGCCGGGGGGGUUAUCCCGGACCCCACCGGGGACGAAGCGCUCGUUCAGGGCAUACAGGCUGCAGGAGGACUGACUGGGGACCGCAUGGAAAAAUCCAAGAUGGCUGCCGCGCUCAUUGUGAGACGGAGAAGUGAGGGGGAAGUACCACAGCAACGGCAGACAGACUGAGUGCUCCUUCCACCCACAGGAUACCUGCAUGAGGGGUAUACUCCACAAGCAAGCCCAGCUCAGCAUAAUCACCCUCACACCAACAGAGGCAUCACCUCCCAUUAAUACCAGUGGAUAUAAGGGGACUCUCUCUGGACUCUGACUCUGCCUGAGUACAAGGUAACAAUGAAAAUGGGGGACAAGCUUCACUCCACUGCUAACUGUCAAGCCCCCCUGCACACUAAAACAUCCAGCUACAAGCACAGACCUAGCACAGCUGCAAGAGGGAUCAAGGCUUCCAACCACAUAUGCCUACAGAGAUAACAGACUAUGGUGUACCUCUUAAUCCAGCACCUCAUCCACAAUUUUAACGUGUGUCUUUUGCAUCGGACUCUCUUCCUGCAGUUAGAAAGUAAUCCAAAUGUCUGAGCCUGCAUGUGUGUCCGACGCUCUGCUGCCCCCUGGUGGUUAAACCUAAUUAAGCUUAAAGAAAUCUGUUCUUGAUGAUAACCUUAGCUUCUGUUUUAAUGGCAAAAAUAUGCUCACUGUUUUGUUUCCCACAUAUAUGCCUAGCACAAAUGCCGAUUUAGACAGGUUAAGCAUCAACUAUCUCGCUGUAUUUUAUGUAACUUCACGCUAACAAUUUAACUGUUUAGCCAAGCUUGCUAAAAAUAUAAAAUUGUGCAGACUCUCAUGCCACUGUUUAACCAUUGUAUAUCUUGCAAUAUGCUGUUGUGGCGUCUGUUGAUUCCUUGUACCCACCUGCACAGCAAAAAUAAAGAAUUACAAAAAAAAAAACGGAGAAAGGCGAAUAGAUUUCUAUUGUGUUCAUUCGGCAACAAAAAAAUAAUUUAAAUCUAUUUUCAUAUAAAUGCUUUAUUAAAAGCUGAAUCCUUUACUCAGCUGGUUCAACUGGAAGACUUAUUCUACGAGGGGAAGCUCUAAAGCCCUUAAAGGAACACUAAAGUUACCUAAAUUACUUUAGCUAAAUAAAGCAGUUUUAGUGUAUAGAUAAUUCCCCUGCAAUUUCACUGCUCAAUUCACUGUCAUUUAGGAGUUAAAUCACUUUGUUUCUGUUUAUGCAGCCCUAGCCACACCUCCCCUGGCUAUGAUUGACAGAGCCUGCAUGAACUCUUUACAGGGAAGGCUGUGCAAGUCACAUGCAGGGAGGUGUAACUAGGGUUCAUAAACAAAGGGAUUUAACUCCUAAAUGGCAGAGAAUUGAACAGUGAGGCUGCAGGGGCAUGUUCUAUACACCAAAACUGCUUCAUUAAGCUUAUGUUGUUCAGGUGACUAUGGUGUCCUUUUAAUGUGUCGCUCACAGUCAAAGUUUGUGACAAAAUUUCUUUGUGUAUUAACUUCAUUAGUCAGAGUAUCAUAGUACUACAGCAAUACAAUUAUUGCAAGGUGGGAGCAUAUGGUGGAAACCGCUCAUGUACAGGUCCCCUGAUUUAUGAAUGCUUAGUCAACAGUUCAGACUGUACCCAUUAAGAAUACAAACAUUGAUGAAAUAUAACUACUCUGUUAGGUUAAAAGUAAAAAAAAAAAAAAAACUGAAAAAGGAGACUUUGCAGUAUGGUUUCCCCCUCAUUUCCCCCCCUAAAAGUUUGUAAAUCUGUGCAUCAGUAUAUAGAGGGAUACAGUAAUUAAAGAGAAUAUUCACUAAUGAAUGCACAGUCAUGUUUUUAGUGUGUGUUAUACUUGCUAUAAGACACACCUAUCCUGAAUACUCUGGUUUGGAAAGCACCGACUUGCUUCCCAUAAUAGGUUAAAAAUAUUCAACACUUUAUAAAAAAAGGAAAUGGAUUUUUUUUUUCAAGCAUAUGUUUGGCUGCUUGAGCUUCCCAAACCAGAGACUCUUCUUUCUGGUGAUGUAGUGAAUAUCCAAAGCAGGCGCAGGCAAACAGCGCCUGUGGUAAUGUUCUCAGAUCCAAGGUCAUAUAGGGGAUGAGAGGAGAGAACAUAAUAUAGUGUAGUAUAUUUUAAAUUCCUGGUAAAUGUAGAAAAAAUGAAAUGCACUUCCAAUUACCUGGAGCUUAUAUUCAGCUCAAGAUUUAUGCGUCUGGACGGUACAAUCCCUGUCUGUGUAUAUGCUGGUGGACCUUGUGUCACGGCAAGUGUGCCUAAUUUAUUAUUGCACUAUGGAAAAUUGUCAUUUAAUGUAAUUUGUGUAGUGCAUUAAAGACCUCCCGGUCUGGCAGAGAUGGUAUUGUCAAUUUUAAAAGAGGUUAAUCUGAUUGUAUGGAGGUCAAAAAGGGUUACAUCUUUUGAAUCUGGACCCCCAACCGAGGUCAGAUGACAGAAGGGGUAGUAUGAAUGGCAUAACAAUGUGAAAAUGAUUUUACCAUAUGGAUGUGAAUUAAUCGAGGCUCUGCAAGGUGUGAGAUUCUACACUUUUAAAAGCCUGAUUGUAUAGCUGGCUUUAGCCAUUUGGCCGUAACUUUUAAUUGAGGAGUUGAUUUUUUUUGAUAUGUUAAUGAUCAUUGGCUUUCAAGAAAAUAAUAUACAGAAUAAUAAUUAAGCCUCUUUUUUAUUACAUUUGAAAUGCAACCAGCACAAUCUUCUAAUCAAGCCCAAACAUGGGUUGCGUGACUUGACCAUAGGGGAAGGAAUUGUGAUGUCCACCAUAUUGGGUCGCAAGUACAGUGUGCGACAUACCUAUAGAAUGAGAAAAUAAUAACAAAUUCAUAGAUGCAAGUAUUAAGUCUGUGGCAGGUACAUAAGAGAAGAUAUAGCCAAAUGUUUCCAUUUGGAUCAAGGGGGUCUGGACACAAGGGGAUGGUCCCCUAGUGUCUCUAUAGAUACGUCUUAACUCCUUAAGACCUUAAGGCCUUAAAGGACCACAGUAGUGCCAGGAAAACAAGCUCGUUUUCCUGGCACUAUAAGGUUUUUGGGUCCCCCCCCACCCUCAAGGUCCCACUCCCGUCGGGCUGAAGGGGGAAGCGCUGGCGACUCUCCUCCCUCUUCUGACGUCAUCAGCUGAAUGCGGCUGUCAAUGAGACUGCUCCCUCUCUGAAACUGCUAUGUUUACAGCUGCAGGGUUAACCCUAGAUGGACCUGGCACCCAGACCACUUAAUUGAACUGAAGUGGUCUCGGUGUCUAUAGUGGUCCCUUAAGGUGUGGAAAUCCACAGGGUAAUGAAACUGAAGUAUGCCUGGUACUUGCUUGGGGCCAGAAUCUAAUUCUAAGUGAGUCACCAUCUUUUCUAGCAGAAACCCCCUAUGGCAGAAUAUUUAAAGAGCUGAGUAAGUGAUUGGGACUCUGUUAUUUAAUCCCUAUUGUUUUCAUCUGCUGUUGGUGUAAAUUAUUUGCUUUUCAUCUAUAUUUUUGUAUGCACCGUGACAAUUUUUUUGCUCGUAAUAAACAUUCAUUUAUUAAGUUCUGCCUUUGUCUGGUAAAGGAUCACUUUACCUGAUGAGACUAAUUAGUAUUUUGCAAUUACAUAGAUAUUGUGCUAAGUUAUAUUUGGCGGGUUUUUAUUCCUGAUUCACCUGGGGACCAAGGUAUACCAUUUAUAAAUUGUCUUGGUGUUGGCAGCGUUAAAAUAGUAAUAGUUACCGUAUUUUUUGCGCUAUAGGACGCACCUGACCAUAAGACGCACCUAGUUUUUAGAGUAGGAAAACAAGAAAAAAAGAAAAGUGUUCCUUACCACCUGCUCCCCUCCCCUGUCCCAUAGUGUUCCUUAUCAUCCACUCCCCUCCCUUGUCCCAUAGUUUACUCCCCCCCUCGUCCCGUAGUGUUCCUUAUCACCCGCUCCCCUCCCUUGUCCCAUAGUUUACUCCCCCCCUCCCCUGUCCCAUAGUGUUCUUCCACCCAUCCCCUAGUGUUCCUUACCACCUCUCCAUCCGUCCCUUAGUGCCCCUCUCUCUCCCCACUUUGGUCCCCGGUAGGUCUCCUACCUUUAUUGUAGCGUAGCCGAGCAGAGCAGUACACACCGUGGUGCAGGAGAUUCAGUUUAUUGUACCUGGCCGGACUGAAAGGAAGUGCUCACUGACCUACCGGGGACCAAGUGGGGGGGAGAGAGAGGGGCACAUUUGCUUCAUAAGAUGCACAGACAUUUCCCCUCACCUUUGAGGAGGGAAAAAGUGCGUCUUAUAGAGCGAAAAAUACGGUAUAUUAUUAUGUUUAAGUGUGGGUGGUGCUUAGGGGGAUUUUGCCAUUAUUUCCGGUCUAGUGCAGACAAAUAGUGAACUUUAACCCUUUCACCACCACAACUACGUCACACACUCUCUUGAAGUAGGGUCUGUUCGUGACACCUUGUGCUUGUUUGGAAGAAUCUUUCACAGUUAUAGUGGUAUUCUUAUUCAGUGUGCCACAGUGUAGCAAUCAGAUGCCCUCAGUAUACAGGAGUGAGAAUAAAAACAGAAUAUAGUGCUCUCUGUAUAUUUUUAAAAAGAUAAAAAAUAAAAAGAGGUAUACUCACAUUCAGAGAUCAAAUAUAAGUAUUGCUCAAUCCCAAUAGGCGCAGGUGGUAUAAUCCCCACCAAGGAUGUUGCUGUGUGAGUCAUCUGGUUAAAAUCUUCAAAGACAGGUCAGGAAGCCCUCAAAGGGGAACAAAUGCUACCAAAGAGCCAGGCAGGGCACCCUGUAUUUCGGACGCAGGAGCUCCCAAAAGUUCAACGGCAAAUGCACCAAACGCCCUGGAACUAUUUUGGGCAUAGGACCACGUGUGCGGCCAUUCAGGACUUUGAGACGGUGGCGUUUCCCCUACACUGCAUGGAAUUGAGCGCUAUUUAAACAACUUAGGCGCUCAGAUCAGGGCUAUUUGGGGAUGUAUAAUAUGUGGGGUUAUUGUAUGUUUUUAUUAUGUUUUGGGGUACUUUUUGGGGUAUUUUUAUGUUUUGUGUUGGGCUCUCUGUGCCUGGGAGAUAAUUAACUGACCGGUCUUUAACUAUCUACCAGACCCAGAGAUUCCUGGGAGAGGCUUGUGUUGAAUACAAUGGAGACCCAAUGCUGGAGCCUGUGCAUAAUAGACAGAGUUUGGCUUAUUGAAAUAAGUUGUACUCCCAGAACUAUGUGUCGUCUAGUUACUAGGAGGGGAAAGGACUCAUCACUGCUCAGUACCUUGUUCCAGCUCAUGGAGGAUUCAGCGGGGAAAGUCCUUGUAAGGACUACAGCUAUCAAUGUACAAAAAUAGGGGUAAUCCUGGCAGGAAAGAAAUGGCACAACAUAGUGCUAAACUGUACAGCAAGGUGAUAGUUAAUUGGCGUCUAUAAUCACCUUGCUGUACAGUUUGUUCCAUUUCUUCCUUGGUAGGAUUACCCCUCUUUGUAAAUUGAUAUUUGUUGAAGAUCCUUUUGAGGAGAUCUUGGGGUUCUCUACACCUGAAGGGAAGUCAUUGCUAUAAAACUGCACUUUUUUCACUGGAGUACUUUAUAAUAUUGUGAACGUUACUAUAUUUUCUAUAUUUUAAAGACUAUAGCUCCCAGUUGUAUGUCGUGCAGUCCCUGGGAGGGAAUAGAGCUAGCCCCCUAUCGUAUUCCAGGACAGAGAGGCUCCAAGAGGAACCCAGUCAAGCCACGGUGACUGGGGCAGAAGCACUGAGGUUUUCCCCGAAUCCAGUUAGGAAGCAAUCCUUGGCGGAGGUACCCAGCCGGGGUACAGCUGCCACCAGUUAUAGCAGAACUCCCUGUACCCCUGCUGGGUACCUCUGCCAAGGAUCGCUUCCUAGCUGGAACUGGGGAAAACCUCAGUGCUUCUGCCCCAUUCGCCAUGGCUUGCUUGGGGUCCCCCUGGAUCCUCUCCAUCCUGGAAUACGAUAGGGGACUAGCUCUAUUCCCUCCCAGGGACUGGGAUAUACCUACUAUAAAGCCUUUAAUUGAAAAUAGAGUCAAAUAAUGUUUUUGUUGCCGAAUGAACAUAAUAGGAAUUUAUUCACCAUUCUUGUUUUGUUUUGUUUUGUUUUUUUACCAUUUAAAGUCAAAUAUUGAAUAAUUUAUUGUUUUUAACAAAUACAUUUUUUUUCUCUUUCCUGUUUUAUUAACUUUGGAAAUUAUUUACUUUGGAAGUAGCUACAUGAUUGCUUAAGCCCAUACAUCUAACAGGGGGAGAAACUGGGUUUUUAUAACCUAGCAUUCACUUGUUUCUCUUUGUUGUCAAAUUCUCUACAUAUAAUUUAGUAUUAGCUGUCAAAAAGCAAGAUAUAUUCUCCCAAAAUGUUUUGAUGUUAGACUUAAAUAAAUAAAAGUAGUUAAAUAAACAAACCUGUGGUAUGCAUAAAACUUUGUUCUGUGCUGUUUUAGCUGAACCUAACUUGAAAAUUCAGUGAGAGAUAAUUGUCCAUCAAGUCUUAUCACUUGCAAGGAGGACAGUGAUGCAAUAUGUGAUUUUGUAAUACAUGGAAAUACAUGGAAGUCGAUAAAUAAUAUGUUGAUUUUUUUUAUCCAGGUGUGGUCGUAGCCAAAUAUGGCAUACCAUGGAGAGAACACAGGAGAUUCUUAUUGUCCACUCUUUGGGAUGGGGAAAAAGUCUCUUGAGCAAAGAGUAACUGAAGAAGCUGGAUUUUUGUGUUCUGGAUUCCAAGAAGAAAAAGGUCAGUGACAGGAAUACAAUUACCACAGACAUUAUCUGGAAUGCAGUAAAUGAUAAAGUGGUGUGCAAAAAAAAAAAAAUGAAACAAAUAAAUAAAUGAAAAAAAUACUUAGUUGGAAAACUUGUUCAGUUUACCAUUCGGAGUAUCGCCUUAAAACAAAAUAAAAAAGACAUCUAGUGCAGAGCAUCAGUACACCAGAUAUAAAUGGAUAAAAUUAAAAACAUUUAGGUAUCCAACUCACUGGAUUUGAGUGGAUUAUGGGCCACUCUUAGUGGUUUCUAAAAGUAUUUUAUAAAGGGGACUGAGCAUAUGUAAAACCUACUGAAACAGGACAGGUAUUGACAAUAUUUUGAUAUCCCUAGUCAUUGUCAGAAGCUUCUCAGCACUGUCUCCAAUCAUGGGGGGAGGUGACCUGCAGAACUGUAACCGUAUAACCAGCCAGAGCCCCAUGCCUUGGCUUCUGAAAAUAGUGAAGCUGUUUUCUGUGACAUAUUACUUAUCAUUUUAGGCAAUCAAAUUGCUAUGCAUUUUUGAUAGCAUUUAAAAUGAUGUUUCACAAGACAUUGAUGAGACAAUUUAAAAAAAAAAAAAAUUAUAUGCCCCCACGCUGUGCCUUUGAUCCACAAUACCUAAAAAAUAAUGCUGUAAGCAAUGUGAUUUGCUCCAUAGCAUUUGGUGACCGCUUUGAAUACAGUGAUGCCAAAUUCCAAGAACUGCUCAGUAUCUUUGAAGAAGGUUUAAAGUCUCAAACAGGACUUCUCGUACAGGUAUGUUACAAACGCUGGUAUUUCGGAUACCUGUUUGUUUGCUUUCUCCCAAAACUGCUAGAGGCUGAGUGAUUAUAGCUCGCAGUUCAGCUGUUGAUUCGAACGUUCUCCCAACCAAAAUACAGCAUACAAGUAACUCCACCAAGUAAUCAGACGCAUACCCAAACAUCAGCCUGAACUAGAUGAAGGGUACAACAAUAAUGUUUUCAUUCAGGCCAAAUGGACGGCUUUUAUGCAAGUCAAGAGUACCGUAUACACGUCCACAGAAACUCCCACAACACACCCCUUAUAUUCCUGAGUUGACAUAAAAUAUAAAAUAUCAAAAGUACCUAAUAAAACACAUAAAUAUUAUAGGGACCUCCAUAAAUGGCAUAUCCCCGGAUAGCUUGGAUCUGAGCGCCCAAGUUGUCCAAAUAGCACUCAGAUCCCACGAACACAGUGAAUCGCCACCAUGGUAAAUAUUUGACUGACCCUUCACGAGGUGCUUGCCCAAAACUGUUCCAGAGUUUCAUGGGUAGUGGGCGGUCAAUUCCAGGAUCCCCAAACUGAACAAAUACACAAAUGGUGCCCCAGGCUCAUAGGUAGCGUUUGUUCCCUGGGUUUGUGAGAACAGCGUCCUCCUGGCUGGUUGGGUAAAAGAAGCAGGCAUUCACGAAGUUGACCGGCGUUCGGGAAGCCGAGUGUCUGAUUUGAAGUUCUAGACACUCAACGACCAAGUCCCGCUGCCUCUUUUCGUGCACCAAGAUGGUUCGGUUACAUGAACGGCGGCCACGUAGGGAGAGUGCUAAUUCCUGUGGUAUCCUUUGAACUUAAUGAGCCGGGGGAGUCGUCGGUGUUCAGUAGUUUUAUCUACUGAACCAAAAAAAUCCGAAUGAGAACCAAAGUGUAACGGACCGUUUUGCCCAAAAGAGGUUAAAAAACGUUUAGGCGAUAUUCCCCUUUUUCAGCUGCACCGACAGCUACUGCAAGCACCAAUCUCCUGAACUGCAAACCCACGAAUUCACCAACUCCCGAACUGCAACCAAGGGAAUACUCGAAACUCCCGAACUGCAUACCAAGGGAAUACUCGAAACUCCCGAACUGGAGACACACGAAUAGCUGCUAGCAGACGAACAGGAAAAGCCCCCAAGCGGCUUACACUCCUGGCAAUCAGUCUCUAACAGCAUACAGUAAAUCCUCCCCCAAUAAUGAGAUGACACUUCACUUUGAGGGUUAAGCAGGAACUGAUUUACUGGGGCUAACUGCCCGGCUUUUAUGCAGGUCUCCCACCUGGUGGACACUCCCCUAGGGGACCAAAUGGGAGACUGGGACACAAAGGGUAAAAGGACCAAUCACAGCCUUACACAUUUCAACCAUCCCACAAUGCAUCACAAUCCCUCCUCUCUGCCCUGGAGAUAAUUUGGGAAGUAAUUCAAUUAUCUCCAAAGACAGAGGCAAAACUCCAUUAACCACAUGGCAGAAAACAAACAGUAAAAGACAUAAAAUUACCUACAGUUACAUUCAGUACAUAAAACAUAUAUGUUCUACAUAUCCCCAGAUAGCUCAGGUCUGAGCGCACAUUAUUAAGCGAAUGGCGCUCAGACCACAUGAAUACAGUUUAAUCGCCAUGGAGCCAAAGUCUUUACACAGUCAGUUUCAUGCGAAUGGGCUCCAUGGGAUUCCUAUCUGGGGCACAACACACUCAAACAAAACUACCGAACACCGGGCCGUUCGUGCACUUUCACCGAACAAGAAGGGAGGUCGGCGGCUUCAGCGGUGUUCGCGCAAAACUGUGUCCGAUUUCAGUUCCAUGAAUUAAGCGUCGAACACCGCUGUGCAUUCGCAUGUUUAAAAUGGCCGCGACCUCGUGUUCGUGAUACGAAUGGCGGCCACCCAGCAUUCGUCAAUUAAGCUGCGGUUAACCGCAGCUUCAGGGAGGUUAAUUGCCGGCACACUCCAGCUCCCAGGUGGUCUAUUCAUUCGUGCGGUUGUUCGGUAGAUUGAAUCUACCGAACCCCCGGCAGAAAAGCAUGAAUAAGUCUUUUCUGCAGGGAAAAAAGAUGUCUUUUAACAUGGGGCCAUAGUCCAAAGGCAGCAGGCGAGCAACCAGGCUUCUCCAGUGUACAGUGGCGAGGUUGGUUUCGCCACACAAAGUAUGUAGUUUUCUUCGCAAGGUAGAUUAAGAUUCAGUUAUAAUUAUACAACUAUCGUACUAUAGUUUUUUACUCAAACCUUGGUAGGUGCUUCUGAAUCAGCCCUCCACAUUUGUUGCUCCCUCAGCACCUCCCUGUAACAAUGCUACACUAUUUCCUAGUUUUGUACUGUACAUAAUCUAACAAGGCCAUCUCUGCACGCCACAGGAGUCAACCCAUAUGCCAGCCUUCCCACCCCAAUCAGCCAGCCUUUGGGGAGAAUUCUCCACUGCCAGGCCCCAAUAUAGCUUUAAAUGUCCACAAUGUGGUGAGCACUAAUGUAUAGAUUUAGGUACGGAAAUAUUUGAACACUGACACAAGUUUUCAUCUGCUUACCAAAAUAACUUAAAGUUACAGUUAAAUAAUGAGUAUGAGCUUAAAGGACCACUGUAGUGCAAGGAAAACAAACUUGUUUUCCUGGCACUAUGUUGUCCUUAGUCCCCCCCCCACCCUCAGGGCCCCCGUUCCGCUGGACUGAAGGGGUUAAAACCCCUUCAGCCACUUACCUUUCUCCAGCGGCGCUGGUGACCUCUCCUCCUCCUGCCGCCUGCGCAUUCAAACCGCCCAUAGGAAAGCAUUACUCAGUGCUUUCCUAUGAACGUCAGCGUCUUCUCACUGUGAUUAUCACAGUGAGAAUCGCGGAAGCGGCCUCUAGUGGCUGUUAGUGAGACAGUCACCAGAGGCUGGAUUAACCCUCAGUGUAAACAUAGCAGGUUUUCAGCUGCAGGGUUAAAACUAGAGGGACCUGGCACCCAGGCCACUUCAUUGGUCUGGGUGCCUAUAGUGGUCCUUUAACCCCUUAAGGACACAUGACAUGUGUGACAUGUCAUGAUUCCCUUUUAUUCCAGAAGUUCUUUGACCCUUCAGGUGACAGGCCCUGGAAGACAAAGAUAUGCACCUGUCUGCUCCACUGGUGGUUGCACCAACCCUGCCCAAGCCAGACCCGUCACCAAUGAUGAAGGCCGUCAUACAGGAACUACUGGCAGACCUCUGGUGCAAUAUCCAGGCCAAUGUGGCUACUAUUCAAUAGGAUCUGCAAGGCCCGACAGGCCACAUGGGAGCUUCAGAGCAUGUAUCAAGUAACACUUCUCAGCAAGUUACUUACCUACAACAAGCGUUGCAGACACUGCAGUAGCAUAUUAACUUUGAGUAGUGGUUCACGGUGAUGGAGGACUCAAGGACUAAAAAUCUUAAGAUUAGGGGCUUCAUGAAAGACAUCCUGGAUAUAAGGUGCCUCAAGAGUGUAGCAUUGUCCCCUAGACAGGCAAAUUUGAUGACAUGUUCCAGAUUCCCAGGACAGCUGAAGCCCUAGCAACAGCACCAAGGGAUUGGUUGUUCGAUUCCAGAAUGAGCAGGAUUAGGCUGCUGUCAUGAAUGCAAUCUGGGGGGGUCACUCUUGCUACUUUUGAGAACUUGUCUCUUUCUUUUUAUGUUGACCUACCAGGGAGUACCCUGACCUGGAGGAGAUCACUUCUGCUCUUUACAUCCCUCCUCCAUGUGCACAACAUCAAAUAUAGGUGGCGAAUGUUCUACACACUGGUUGUACUAAAUGGAGACGCUUCCUAUUGAUUCAGGAUCUUAAAGGGGCAAAGGCACCCCUAGCAACCUUGGGACUCCCACAGAACUCUCUGACUAAAGCAAGGCCAAAAAACAGCCACCACACCUCACAACUGGGACCUUCCCAAUGGGACACAUGCAGCUGCCACCACUUGAGCUCUCCACCAUUCUACCAAUCUACUUCCCUUCUCCUAACCUUACCUUUUGUGUCACUAUAACCCACUCCCUCUAGCAUGUAAGCUCAUUGAGCAGGGUUCUCAACCCCUCUGUUCCUGUGUGUCCAACUUGUCUGGUUAAGAUUAUAUGUUUGUUAGUCCACCCACUGUAAAGCGCUACUGAAUUUGUUGACGCUAUAUAAAUAUAAUAAUAAUGGUGCAAAAUCUUCAUAUCGACGACUCCACCCGCUUUUCAGAGUUCAUUUCUGUAUUGGGUUGUGAAAUAGGCAACAGUUGCUCCCCAAAUGCUAUUUAACCUAUAUGAAGCAUAUCCUUUUGACUUGUGGUAAAGGCAGCUCUAGUAAAUACCGUCUAUCACAGGAAGAUUUCAGUACACAAUGAGUGUUAAUCUUUAGUGAUCAAGUCAUAUAUUCAUGUAUGAAGACAUAGAAACAUAGAAACAUAGAAUGUGACGGCAGAUAAGAACCAUUCGGCCCAUCUAGUCUGCCCAAUUUUCUAAAUACUUUCAUUAGUCCCUAGUCUUAUCUUGUAGUUAGGAUAGCCUUAUGCCUAUCCCACUCAUGCUUAAAGACAUACAUAAAGUGAUUCAUUAUAGUAUAUCCUAUGUAUUAUUUUAAAGGGUACCACUGUCAUUACCAACUUGUCAUCCGUGCUGAAAGAUGAAAAAGUGUGGAAGAAACCAUAUCAGUUUUACCCCGAACAUUUCCUGGAUGAGAAUGGCAAGUUUGUGAAACAAAAAGCGCUCAUGGCAUUUUCUGCAGGUAACUAAAAAAAAAUCUAUCUCUAGUGCAGUCAACCUUUGGCAUUCUAUGUGUUGUGGACUACAUCUCUCCUGAUGCUUUGCCAGCAUUAUGGCUGCAAGAGGAUUAUGAGAGAUAUUGUAAAGCGCUACAAAAUUUGUUGGGGCUAUAUCAAUAUAAUAAUAAUAAUAAUAUUGUCCAGAACAUAUGGAGUGUUAAAAACUGCAAACCCCUGCUCUAGUGAAUGUACGGGAUAUUCUUGUAAGUGAAUGCUAGAACUGUGGAUAUGUAUACCGCUAUGUAUGUAUUUAUAAUGGGAAUGGCACCUCUUUUAUCAUUGCUAAAGGUUAUUCAACCAAAAUGAAAUCAAUGCAUUAUUCCAAAGUAUGGAGAAUUUUUACAAUCAAGAAUUAUCCCUAAUCUUCACUGCUCUGAUCACCAAUUUAUUAAAUGUUUCCUAGGAAGGAGGAGAGUAGAGAAAAGUGCAACAGUUAAGUUCAGCCUUUUUAUUAAAGACACCAGAACACAUAAAAUAAAACUCCAUACAGCAGAACUUUCCAAGCCUUUCAUGUUGGUGACACACUUUUCAGACAUGCAUAAUUUCGUGACACAGUGGCGGUUGAUACGGUGUUCUAUUUCUCGAACAUAUCACUUCAGUUGCGACCGGAUGUACAGUAAAUGCAAACACUACAUAUUCACCACAGCCAGUACACAAAUUGAAGUGGCGAUGCUCCUGGAGUCUGCAGGGACCAUAUCCCAUAUCACUGUUAAAUUAUUUGCUUACCUGUACUGGAGUGAAUGACCUAAAAAUGAAGACAGGUCUAGUCCAAGUCCAGGUCUCAUGAAUAGUGUUCUGAUGUAAAAUAUGAAUUCAGCUGAAGGCUUGUAAUGACAAAAGUAGUGUAUUACCUUGUUAACCUGUUAUAGUGUGACAGUAGCGACCCAGAGUUUUAACAGGGCACCAGUUGUCUGUGGGAUAAAGGGAUAUUUCUACAGUAGGACCCAUUUGUUUAAUAUGAGUACACAAUGAUCUGUGAUUUUAAUGAGAUUGUAAACAUUAGGACACCGUGAUUGAUCUGACAAUGUUUCUAAUGUAAAGUCUUUCUCUUAGAAAACCAUAAGAGGCUAUAUAUUUGGCAGCAUUAAUUACUAAAUUUGUAUAUGAUUAUCUAGAAGUUGGAAUUUUGGCCCGCCAAUAGGUUGUCGUUUGUUGAUUACUGGAUAGUCUACUAUUUUUAUGCCUUUAAAAUGGUUUUAAUGGGGUACAUAGGCAUGAAAGGUUUGUGAUUAGGAAAGGUGACUAAUAAGUGAUGUUGAAUACCUGUCAAGUAAAGUUUAUUGCACCUUUGUUAAUUUAAAAUAAAGAUGGCAAAAAACAGCGAAUGCUACUAUGAUCUCUAUGGAAUAUGAUUCAGUUGUCUGAAAGUCGGUGAUAAAUCUAUUGAAUAUGGUGAGUACUCUGUUGUAUGUUUUCUGCCUGUUGCCAGAUAAGGUUACCUGUGCCGGCAACCUGCUGUGGGCCUAUACUUAGGUUAGCCCAUUAUGUCUUUGAAGGCUGGGGUUUUGGAUGGUAUUUCCUGACAGUUUAAAGAAGUUCUGAUAAUGAGAAUGGGAAAGGGCAUCUGCUGCGGAGUUUUGACAGCCUGGAAUGUUAUCCUGCGUUCCAGCGUGGUUGCGCAUGCACGUGACAGUCACGCAUGCGUCAUGACAUAUGGCGGCGUGCGUGACGACGCACACAUGAACGCGCAAUCACGGAAGCCAGCGUAUGGACCGGCAGAUUUAAAAAGGGGGAAGAUUGAGAAGAAAGAAGAAGCUCCUGAGGAAGUCGGACGACAAAACGCGUUGAGCAUCAUCUGGGACUCUGCACUUUGGUAUCAGCAGUUUUUAUCCUGUAUGUGUGCUGAUUUUAUACACUGCUUAUGCAGUAUUUACUUUGGGCUCAUUAUACUGUAUGUGUAUAAGUGAUUGGCUUGGUGCACUUUUCUGUAUAGGUAUUCUGCACUUUAGCACUUGCACUUUAUUCCACUGCCCAGUUCAGCAUCAUGUAUUGUUAAGCUGCUAUACCUAAGGGUUCCUUGCCUAUUGUGGCUUUUUAAAUACUUUGGCACAUAUGUUGUGCUGUGAUUGUAUUUUUUAUGAAUAAACUUUUGCUGUUUUUUGCUCGAUAUUCUAUAUUUCUUUCUCAUUCCUUCAUCAUUAUACACCAAUAUAGUGAUUGUGGCGCCCUGUUCUUUCUAGUGUUUUGUCUUUAAUUAUUGGAGUUGGAGUAUCCUGUUUACAGAGGCUUGCCUGCACCUGUUUUUUUGCUAUUGUUCACCCACCUUUCUAUUUUUUUCUACAUGCCAAAAAAACUCCCCCAUUGUUGUUAGCCAGGUGUGAAUGGGCCAGCAAAAUAAGGAAACUGAUUUCUUCCACUCAAGGAUCAUUAAAGGGACACUAUAAUCACCAGAACAACUACAGCUUAUUGUAUUUUUAUGAUGAGUAUAAUAAUCAUUCCCUUCAGGCUUUUUGCCUUUUCAGAGAAAAUGUAGUGUUUACAUUAUAGCCUAGGGAUACCUUCACUGGCAACCCCUCAGGUGGCUGCUAGAGGUGCUUUCUGGGGCAGUGCUGCACAGUGUGCAGCAGUGACAUUUAGUGUCUCCACCCUCUGCAUGGACACACUUAACCUUCCUCACAGAAAUGCAUCGAUUCAGUGCAUCUCUAUGAGAAGAUGCUGAUCGACCAGUGCUGUGUUUGGCUUGUGCAUGCUCUGCCCCUGAUCUGCCUCCUUGACAGGAAAGCAUUGGAUUGGCUGAGACUAUAUGCAAGCAUUGUGAUUUGCUCAGAACAACACUUCUGAUUAUGGCAGCCAAGCAGGCAGAUCAGGGCAGAGUCACCUGCAGCAAACUGGAGUAAAGGUAACAUUUUGCUAUAUUUAGAGGGGCAAAAGGGGACAGGAUCAGGUGGACUAGAUGGUAUUUUUAACUGUAAUUAUACUCUGGUCUCACGAUGGCUGAAUGCCUCAUAAUGGCGGAAUGCCGCAUGUAUUAAUAUACAUAUACUUACUACAAUGAGGGCUAAAUGUAAAUAUACUAAUACAUGAGCUCGCUGAAUAAGGGACGAAUGCUCCUGAGACAAAAAGAGACUUUAAUGUGUCACAUGGCAGAACCUCCCCCCUCGAGCUGGGUCCAAAAAUAGAUAGAGUCUGUCGUGCUUUUAUAUCCACCAGGCAGCUAUCGAUAUGCUUUGGUUGUCAAAUGUCAAGGUAGACUUGCAGAUGGGGGAACCAAAAAGGCAGAAUGCAAUCACAUAGAAACAGGACGAAUGAUAGGGAAAGUAAAAUUGUUUAAACAUAUGCUUAUUGUAAAUACUGUAACUGGGCUGAAUGAUGGCUGAAUGAAACUUUAAUUUUUACGAAUAACUGUAACUGAGCCAAAUGAUGGACAAACAAAAUUACAAUGAAAUACAUGUUAUAUCCGAAUGAGGCUAAAUGAAAGCUCCAUACUUUAGUUGUAGUUCAGGUGAAUGAGUUCAGAUGAACUUGAACAAGGCCCAGUCCUUUAGUAGCAAGCCAGAUAUUGUCUGGAUUAUAAUGAAUGGAUAAUAGUAUAGUUUACCGCACUUUGUCCAGGAGCCAGAACCAGAAGUGCAUAGCUAACCUAGGCAACGAGUGAAACGAUCGGCAACGGCCCAGGUAAGAGGGUUAUCCAAGUUUAUUUAGGUCGAGUAACCCCUUACACAGCUACAUGCCUUCAUCUAAAAAUAUAUGUAAGGCUGGGCCUGUAGUUGUGGGAGGGGCUUAGUUCCCUUCUUAAAGGGCGCCAGACCUCUCCCCAUUACCGUUACUGAUCUGGCAUUUUCCCCUCCCCCAACUCCCUUUUCUGACAUUAUUAUCUAAGGUGGGCCAUCUUUUAUUACAGGCCUACCGCAUCGUUGGCUCUGGCACACCACGAGCGACUCUUUCAUAUUACUGUAUUUCAUGUGUUGGGUCCUUUAUAUACCUACUUGUAAUGUGCUCUCAUCACUGCUUUAUGCCCCGAACACAUAUAGGUAUUUGGUACCUAUAUUGUUAUAUAUGAGAAUGUUUCCUGAGCAGCUAUUUGUUUUUCUUUUGCCAAUUAUAUUUUUAUUAAAGCUCAGGAGAUGUACAAACAGUUUGCAUACAUGGGUAAAGAAAUAUCAAUAGUACCAAAUAUUAACAUACAAAAAGACAGUAGAACUUCAGAACAGCCACUUUGCCUAAAUUUUGUGAUUGGAUUCAAUUUGUUAAAAUUUGUUAUUUGUCAAUAACCCUGUGCAGUGUGACUUGUUCAAAAAUUCAUGGUGAAAUUCAAGUUUGUGAAUAACUUAUCUAAGUUGGAACAAAAAAUAUCCAAGUAUGUAUUUUAUUCUACUUUUUUGGCUUACAAUUUGACAGCCAUAUGACAUAUUAUUGAACAUGCUUAAAUGGGAUGCUGCUGGGGGCCAUAUUAUACAUAGUGCAUGGAAAGUGUUAAAAUACCAUAAUUUGAAAUGCCAUAGGGUGUCUACUUUUCAACAAUAUAUGGUUUGAUUGGGGUAAAUUAUAUUGUCCUGCUUAAAAAAUGUCCCAAAUGGGACAUGGGUGCAUGAUGACUAACUGUGAAAAUUCCAAUUUGGAAAACUGGAAUGCGCACCCUCCAAAUAAGGUCCUUUAGUCCCCAGAUAACCCGACACACCUAUACAUGGGUGGUGUCGCUGUACUCCGGAGAUGUUGCUGAACACAUAUUGGGGUGUUCUUUGGCAGUAACCCUUAAAGUUCUCAGUACAUAUAUUCUUAAAUUGCUAUAGCCCUAUAACUUUCCAAAAAAGCUAAGAACAUGCUAACAUUAGGCAUUUCUAAACUCAGGACAAAAUUUAGAAACUAUUUAGCAUGGGUGUUUUUUGGCAGUUGUAGAUGCGUAACAGAUUUGGGGGGUCAAAGUUUGAAAAAGUGUGUUUUUUUUUUUCAAUUUUUUCCAUCAUAUUUUAUAAUUUGAUUUAUAAUAAAUUAGAUGAUAUGAUGAAAAUAAUGGUAUCUUUAGAAAGACCAUUUAAUGGCGAGAAAAACAGUAUAGAAUAUGUGAGGGUACAGUAAAUGAGUAAGAGGAAAAUUACCGCUAAACACAAAUACCGCAGAAAUGUUAAAAGAGAUCUGGUCCCAAUGGUAAGAAAAUUGAAAAAUGGUCUGGCCACUAAGGGGUUAACCAACACACACUGACCGACACAAACUCUCAGAUACACAUACACUGACAUACACUCAUGGACAGACACACAAUGACACACACACACAUGCCUCUGGGGGCCCUAAGUUGGCCAGCUUGGCAGCUCUUUGGCCCCCUAGGACGAGAGGCAAGCAAGACAUUUGCCAGGGUGCUUGAGGUGGCCCCCUGAAAGUGCUGCCCUAUAUAUAUAUAUAUAUAUAUAUAUAUAUAUAUAUAUAUACAUAUAUAUAUGCGGCUUGUGCUUUAGGGUGCACACCCUAAUGCAAUAGGCUGCGCAUGCCUAUGCUGAGAGAUUACCUGUAAUCAGGAAGGGUAUGUUAUACUAAUACUUUUUUUGUAUUGCAAGCAUUUAUUUUAUUAAUUCCAUAUACUCUGCUUAUGAUAUAUUAAAAGAUUAUUAAGUUUAUAUAUCUGUAUUCAUUUAUAUUCAAUAAACUAUUUUAUUAAGACAAAAGUUAUUGCUUCCAACUCCUGUUUUUAUUGUAAUCUCAAUUGUUUAUAUAUUUUAAAUAGAGAAACUCUAUACCAACUAUAUAACAUUUUAGCUAAGAUAUCUGUAUAAUUAGCCCUGUUAAAUUCUGUUUCAAGACGUUAUAGUGGUAAGCAGAUGUUGGCACUGUGCCAAUAGUACCUUUAAUAUUAGACAUAGGAAUACCCUGUAUUCCUGUCCCCACUGUGUGAACUAUAGGACUAUUAACAAUUGGUGCUAUUAAUGCUUGUCAUAACAAGUCUCUCAUAAAAACAUUCUAGCAUUAACCUCUCUCUUUCUGUUCGUGCAGACUGUGCAGCUGCUGGUAGUUCAUGGCUGUGUACAGGAACAUAUAGGAAUCCCCUACCUACACCCAACUAUCCUGAGACUAAUGGACCAUGCCUUGCUGGUGUAUGAGGUAUAUUAGGGUGUUUACCAAUUAGUUGUAUAUAUGCCUCUCUUGUCAUAUUAAUUAAGAUCUGUGUACUUAAAUCUGGUAAAGUAUUAGGUAGUUCCAUAAAUGUUGGCUCAUCUAGAUACACAUUUUCAGCAUUAGCUUAUUGAAUGCUGAUUACAGCAUACCUGGCUCCUGAACCCCAAGGGCCUUGUACAAGUUCACAUAGUACCAUUUCUCCAUUAUGUAGAUCUCCCUGUGUCUGAGCUACAAAUUGUUCAUUAAAUUCUCGAUAUCUCAAGAAUAAUUGUCCCAUGACAGAGAUUUGUGUCUUCUCUUACGUAUAAGAGGUUACCUAGGUAUACAUUUUGUUUAGAAAACAAGUAAAGUUAGUGCUUCCAGCCCCACGUUGGGCGCCAAUUGUAACCGCUAGUACUCAUAUUUACCACUAUAACGUCUUAAAACAUAGAGAUUAGCAGGGCUAACCAUACAUAUAUCUUAGCUAAAAUAUUAUAUAGUUGGUAUAGAGUUUCUCUAUUUAAAAUAUAUAAAUAAUUGAGAUUACAAUAAAAACAGGAGGUGGAAGCAAUAACUUUUGUCUUAGUAAAAUAGUUUAUUGAAUAUAAAUGAAUACAGAUAUAUAAACUUAACAAUCCAUUAAUAUAUCAUAAGCAGAGUUUAUAGAAUUAAUUGAAUUAAUGCUUGCAAUACAUAUAAAGUAUUAGUAUAACAUACCCUUCCUGAUUACAGGUAAUCUCUCAGUAUAUGUCACCUUCAAAGUCGGUCAGUAAGUGUCUGUCCAGCAUUGGUCAUCGUAUAUGUAUAAAGUGUAAUAGUUCUAAUUACUACUGGUAAUGCAUAGGUUAAUUCAUUUAUAAGGUUAAUGCAGUUCAUAAAUGAAAAGGAAAAGUUUAUUAGAAGUCAGUAUGAAGUAGCAUAGCCUUGAAAAUGUUUAUGCAUUCUUGUUAUUGUAUUAAGCUAAGACAAAAUGGCGUGAGUUAGAACUACGCAGCAUGUUAUGCAAUGAAAGAAGGGGAGAGGUUAUUAAUUAAAGAAACAUGGUUCAGCUUAAGAAUUAAAAUUCAGCAAUGUAUAUUAUCGUAAAAUUGCCCAUCACAUAGUAUUCCUUUUUGAAUUUUGUAUUGUGGAUAUUCUGUGAGGCAGGGCUCGAGUCCUGCAGGAACGCAUGGGAACGGCGUUCCUGCACUUUUUCUAAAGCAGGAACGCCGUUCCCGUUACCUGUCCUGCAGGACCGGCCCUGCUACCUGCACUGAGGGGCCAGCACAUGCUGUGUUCCCUCUCCAGCUCUAACUCUCGCGAGACCCGCGGCUGUUACCAUGGCAACGCUCCGCACAGGCGAGUCUCGCGAGAGUUAGAGCUGGAGAGGGAACACAGCAUGUGAUGGCCCCUCUGUGCAGCGGCUGCCUCCCUCCACCGGACCACCAGGCGAUCUCCCCCCUCCCUGACAAGGUAAGAAGCAGGGAGGGGGGUAUCAUCCAGCACACACACACACAUCAUCCAGCACACACACACACAUCAUCCAGCACACACACACCAUCCAGCACACACACAUCAUCCAGCACACACACACACACACACACACACAUCAUCCAGCACACACACACACACACACAUCAUCCAGCACACACACACACAUCAUCCACUGCGCGCACACACACAUCAUCCACUGCGCGCACACACACACAUCAUCCAGCACACACACACAGACAUCAUCCAACACACACAGACAUCAUCCAACACACACAGACAUCAUCCAACACACACACACACACAUCAUCCAGCACACGCACUGCAUUCAUUAUACACACUCUGCACUCACUUUACACACUGCACUCACUAUACACACUCUGCACUCACUAUACACACUCUGCACUCAAUAUACACACUCUGCACUCAAUAUACACACUCUGCAUUCAAUAUACACACUCUGCACUCACUACACACACUCUGCACUCACUACACACACUCUGCAUUCAAUAUACACACUCUGCACUCACUACACACACUUUGCAUUCACUACAAACACACACACACACACAUCAUCCAGCACACACACACACAUCAUCGCACACACACACACACACAUCAUCCAGCACACACACACACAUCAUCCACUGCGCGCACACACACAUCAUCCACUGCGCACGCACACACACAUCAUCCAGCGCACACACACAGACAUCAUCCAGCGCACACACACAGAAAUUAUCCAACACACACACACACAUCAUCCAACACACACACACACAUCAUCCAGCGCACGCACACACAUCAUCCAGCGCACGCACUGCAUUCAUUAUACACACUCUGCACUUACUUUACACACUGCACUCACUAUACACACUCUGCACUCAAUAUACACACUCUGCACUCAAUAUACACACUCUGCAUUCAAUAUACACACUCUGCACUCACUACACACACUCUGCACUCACUACACACACUCUGCAUUCAAUAUACACACUCUGCACUCACUACACACACUUUGCAUUCACUACAAACACACUACAUACACUGCAUUCAUUAUACACACUCUGCACUCACUACAAAUACACUGCAUUCAUUAUACACACUGUGCACUCACUACAAACUACAUUCAUUAUACACACUCUGCACUCACUACAAACUACAUUCAUUAUACACUCUGCACUCACUACAAACACACUACAUUCAUUAUACACACUCUGCACUCACUACAAACACAUUACAUUCACUAUACACACUCUGCAGUCACUACACAAACACUGCAUUCAUUAUACACUCUCUGCACUCACUACAAACACAUUACAUUCACUAUACACACUCUGCAGUCACUACACACACACUGCAUUCAUUAUACACUCUGCACUCACUACAAACACACUACAUUCACUAUACACACUCUGCACUCACUACAAACACACUACAUUCACUAUACACACUCUGCACUCACUACAAUCACACUACAUUCACUAUACACACUGUGCACUCACUACAAUCACACUACAUUCACUAUACACACUGUACACUUACUACAAACACACUACAUUCAUUAUACACACUCUGCACUCACUAUUGACACUACAUUCACUAUACACACUGUGCACUCACUACAAACACUACAUUCAUUAUACACUCUGCACUCACUACAAACACACUAAAUUCAUUAUACACACCCUGCACUUACUACAAACACACUGCAGUCACUACAAACACACUACAUUCAUUAUACACACUCUGCACCCACUACAAAGACACUACAUUCAUUAUACACACUCUGCGCCCACUACAAACACACUACAUUCAUUAUACACACCCUGCACUGCACUAUAUGCAAAGGAGUGUAAUUUUUUUAAAGGGGGGGGGGGGCGGGAAUCUUGGGUGAGUUCCCACACUUUGUUCCCCAGGACUUGACCCCUGCUGUGAGGGGAUAUAUGCUGAGAUAUCCACUAGAGAAGGCUGUACUUUAUAUCAUAAGAUAGGUGCUUUUUAAACCACCUAACACUGAGGGUGAAGUUCUGGGCUGUUUGUAUAUACAUUCAACUCAAGAUAAAACAUUAUAAAGUUGUUAUGGUGCCCAGAGGAAUCAUGUCAUUGUGCAUUGUCUCACAGUGGCCAAAUUAAAAAAAUUAGAUCUAAUAAUAAAUACUCAUGUAAUGUUAUUCUGUAAUGUGCACAUCACAACACAUCAUUUACAUGAGGCCAGUGGUAUGUUUCUUUAGUGUUGACUUUAUAAUAGACCUUUACUCACAUGAGAUGAGUUACAUGUUUACUGCAAUGGUGACCUAACAUUGCACAUUUAUGGACAGGAGUUCGAUGGCAGGAUUCUGUCACAAUGACCUCAUUAUAUUUGUUUAGCAGACAUUCAAAGCAGUUUUUUUGUAAUAAUGGUGUGACGUUUAAUACUGUAUGCAAAUAAAAUUGUUUAUUCACACCCAUCAUACCAAGAUUUCCACCAAGUCUAAAUAAAUAAUAAUAAAAAGAAAAAAAUAUAUUGAAAGUAAAAAGUAAAAAUAAGAGCUUAAUACUCUAUACGCUUUUACAGUUACGUCAUGUGGAAGGAGCAGAACGAUGCUGUCCUCUACUGAUCAGACUCUUAUCUCCAGUAGGGAGAAGGGGAAUAGUAAAAAACUAUUAAACUCUGUAUUCAGCUCUCACUAUUCCCCUUUACCCUGCUAAUACUACUUGCUUGCUGAAAUAGCUGACUCGCAGGACUAACCAUGAGUCCUACUGUAACAGUUUGUGUAAAUGGUUCCAUCACAUAUUGAUCUUUUUUCUAAAUAUUGAUACAUAUCAACUAUAACUAUAGAGUCUCCCUGACACAGUGCAAAGCGGAAUAUUGGUAACACAAAGAACCCCCCACUUACAGUGAAACAACAUUAAAGGACCACUCUAGGCACCCAGACCACUUCAGCCUAAUGAAGUGGUCUGGGUACCAGGUCCCGCUAGGGUUAACCCAUUUUUUUAAUAAACAUAGCAGUUUCAGAGAAGCUGCUAUGUUUAUGAAUGGAUUAAGCCUUCCCCCAAAUCCUCUAGUGGCUGUCUCAUUGACAGCCACUAGAGGAGCUUGCGUGGGUGAUUUUCACAGUGAGAGUACGCCAGCGUACAUAGGAAAGCAUUAUGAAUGCUUUCCUAUGCGACCGGCUGAAUGCGCGCGCAGCUCUUGCCACGCGUGCGCAUUCAGCCGACGGGGAGGAACGGAGGAGGAGAGCUCUCCGCCCAGCGCUGGAAAAAGGUAAGUUUUACCCCUUUUCCCCUUUCCAGAGCCGGGCGGGAGGGGGACCCUGAGGGUGGGGGCACCCUCAGGGCACUAUAGUGCCAGGAAAACGAGUAUGUUUUCCUGGCACUAUAGUGGUCCUUUAAUAGUGAUAACAAGUGAAUUGAUUGUAUAUAUUAAAAACUUCACUGGAUUUAAACUUCACUGUUUAGCUUAGCGUUCUCCUUUUUCGCUAUAACAGGCCUAAUAGAAUCUAUUAUAACAAAGUCGGACCAGUAGAGGACAGCAUCGUUCUUUCUUUUUAUUAUUAAUUAUUAAGACUUGGUGGAAAUCAUGGUAUAAUGGGUGUUUGAAUAAACAAUUUUAUUUGCACACAGUAUUUUUUUUUUGUAAAUUCUUUAUUUUUGAAAGGUUUUUGUUGGUUCAUGGGGUGGGGGUACAGAAUUGAAAGUGGUGGGUUAAAGCUUGUGGUACAGUGUUUGCAGAAUGUACAUUGUUUCUGCAUUGCUUCAUAGAUGCAUACCUUAGACAUUUGUCAGCAGAUGCAAUUAAUAUCAAUUGUCUGGAAACACAUAUUACCGUCAAUUUAACAUUCAACUUGUGUAACCAUGGGUGUGGGAUGGGGUGCGGAAGUAAAUGGAGGGGUGUAGGUUACCCUUUUGUGUGACGUUCUGGUGGUGUGUUUGUGUAGAGAAGUUCUGCAGUUUGAAAGUCCCUGUGGUUAGGGGGUUGUGAGGCCUGAGGCUUCCCGGGAGUGGAGGUACCGUCACCUAUUGUGGUGGUCGUGCGUGUGUGAUCCAUGUGGUGAUUUGUUCCCGGUUACCUCUCUCAUCGGUCACUUUGCCCGUGUUGUGCUGUGUUGAACUUCUGUCUUAUCUCUGGGUCAGCGAGUCAGGGGAGGGAUUCGAAUCGAGGGAAGGGCGCAGGGGAGUCUGGUUGGGUAGCUGGGGAGGGGGGGGAUUGGGUGAGUGCGCAGGGUCGCUCUUGAGGGUCCAUCUGGUGUUACUGAUGUGGUGUUUUGGCGUUGGGCAGUUGUUCUCCGCCCGCGCGGACGGGACCCCUACAGGAUGGGUUAGGAGAAGAUAGGGAGGGGGGGGUAUGGGAGGGGCAGGAAGGUUGCAGGAACGUGCCAGUGCUCCUCCUAGCUGGUGCAUAGCCGCUUUGUUGGUGGUGACAUUCGUGUGGCUCGGGGUGUUGUCGAGUAUGGAUGCUCUUACUUCUUGGAUUCCAUUAGGUCGUCUGAUCCUCGUUCAGUUUCACAUGAUUCAUAUCCCAGGGGUCCCAUAUGCGAUGGAACGCUUUGUACGUGUCGUUUAUUUGUGCCGUGAGUUCAUCCAGGUCCCGGGAUUCUGUGAUUUUUCGUAUUAUGGUGGAGGUCGUAGGAAUUUUUGGAUCUGCCCACAGUUCCGCUACCGCUCUCCGCGCUGCGAGGUUGAUCCGGGCUGCCAGUUUAUUUUCGCUCCUGGUAAGGGAGUCUUGCGGUUUGUUGAGAAGCAUAGCCCACGGUUGUGCAGUGACCGGCUUGUCUAGGAUUGUUUCAAUGAGAUUGUUGACUUUGACCCAAAGCGGUUUGAGUUUGGGACAUGUCCACCAGCAGUGGAGGUAGGAUCCAGUGGCUCCGCACCUUUUCCAGCAUUCGUCAUCGGGUUUUUGGCCCAUUUUGUAGAGUCUGUGUGGUGUCAGGUACCAGCGUAGCAUCGUCUUAUAGGCCUGUUCCUUAUGUGUGACGCAGACCGUAAGGGAGUUUGUCGCCUCCCAAAUUUCGGCCCAGUCACUCGGGUUCUCUGGUGGUCCCAAGUCCCGUUCCCAUGCGGCGAUGUACUUGAGGUUGACUUGGGAAGCGUGAGUCGUCAGUGUAUUGUAGAUAAUGGAGAUUUGUCCCGGUUGCAGCGGCGCGUCGAAGCACUGUUUUUCAAACGCCGUCGGUGGUGAGGUGCCCGCUUGUUUGAUCAUGGGCUGUUGCGCCAGGUCCCGCAGCUGUAUGUACCGGAAGUGAUCUGCCGUGUUCAGCGUUUCCGCAUGGGGAAGUUCGUCAUACCUGAAUAUUUCCCCCUGACGGUACAGAUGGAGUAGCCUCGAGAUGUCUCGCUGGUCAAACGCUAGGAAGUGUUUCGCCGUCAUCCCGGGGGGAAAGAGUUUGUUGCGGUAUAUCGGUGUUACCGGGGAGAGGAAGGAGGAUAGGUCAUAUUUUGGGUUGAGCUUGUCCCAGAGAGUUAGAGUGUGGGUGAUUGCCGGUGAAGUUGGUGGGGGGAGUGGUCGAUGUAUGCGCGGUACCCACAUGUACGAGGAAGGUUGGUCCCAGCCCAGGAUGUCGUGUUCCAAGUCCACCCAGCGCUUGGUACCGGGGGGGGCAUGCCAUUGUUGGAUGUGGGCCAGUUGGGCAGCAUGGUAAUAUUGCUGAAAAUUGGGUAGCCCCAGUCCUCCUCUGAGUCUUGGGGUGUACAUAGUAGCUCUGCGUAUUCUGGGUCUUUUGGCUUUCCAGAUGAAUUUGUCUAUGGCUGCCUGGAGGCGAUUGAAGUCCGUUUUGAGUAUCGGGAUGGGCAGCGUUUGGAAAAGAUAGAGGAACCGCGGGAGGAGGUUCAUUUUGAUGGUGGUGACUCUUCCCAGCCACGAUAUUCCUAGCCUGUCCCACCGCUGCAAGUCCGAGUACGCCGUUGUGAGGAGUGGCGUGUAGUUGAGGCCAUAGAUGUCGUCCAGUGUCGGCGCUAGUUUGGUGCCUAGGUAUGUAAGGGCGGUCGUGGUGAUGCGGAAGGGAAAGGAGCCGCGAAGCAGACGGAGUUGCGAGGGUGAUAUUGUGAUAGGCAUUAGCGUUGAUUUAGUUAUGUUGAUUUUAUAGCCGGAUAUGGUGGCAUAGUCGUCUAUGAUAGAGAGUAUGGCGUGUAGGGAAGGGACAGGGUCCGUCAACGUUAGAAGUACAUCGUCUGCGUAGGCUGCUACGGUGUACGUGUCUUGCCUGAUCCGAACUCCCUGUAUGUUGGGAUGGGUGCGUAUAGCUUGAAGCAAUGGUUCCAGGGAGAUUGCAAAAAGAAGUGGGGAGAGGGGGCAUCCUUGCCUAGUUCCGUUAGCUAUGUUAAAGGUUUGGGCUCCGACGUGUGGGAGUAGGAGCUGCCCUGUUGGGCGAUUGUAUAUUGCCCGUAAGAUGUUCAGGAAUCCUGUCGGGAAGUUCAAGUGUGCCAGUACCCCGAACAUAUAUGGCCAGAGAAGACGAUCAAAUGCCUUCUCGGCAUCCAGCGAGAGCACUACCGAUGGGAUGUUACGGUGCCUGGUAUACCAGAUCGUAUCGUAGGCUCUCCUGGUAUUGUCGGCCGCCUGCCUUUUGGGAAUGAAGCCGACCUGGUCUGGGUGGAUCAAGGAUGGGAGGUGCUGGUUGAGGCGGUUGGCAAGGGUCUUCGUGAGUAUUUUCAGGUCGGUGUUUAAGAGCGAUAUUGGGCGAUAGUGUCCCGGGUCAAGCUGUUCCUUCCCUGGCUUGGGUAAGAGGCAUAUGUCUGCUCGCAGCAUGUCAGUGGGGAGUUUGUGUCCCUGCAACAGCGAGUUAAAGGCCUUACAUAAAUGUGGUAUUAGUAUGGUCUGGAACGUCUUAUAGUAGAUGGCUGUGAAGCCAUCCGGUCCUGGGCUUUUUCUGGGUUUCAGUGUCUUGAGGACCAGGGCGAUCUCCUCGGCCUCGAUGGGUGUGUCCAGCAUGGCUUGCGCUCUGCUGGAUAAGGUGGGUAGGUUGAGGGGUCGUAAGAAUGAGGAGGUGGCUUCCGCCUGGUUUAUUUCCCCCGUGGGCGUUGGAGUGGCGUGGUUGAAUUCCUGGGCUAUUGCUUCUGGGUUUGUCGUCGUUCACCAGACCUAGUUCGGAUUUUCGAUAUCGUCUUAUUUUCCUGACGUUUUUUGAGGCAGCGUGCCAAUAGUGAAUCCGCCUUGUUGCCCUCUUCAUAGAAUCGUUGCUUGGACCACAUGAGAUUCCUCGCCACGUCUGCUGCUGAGAGUUGUGUGAUGAGGUCCCGUGUCGUUUUGAGCUGCGUCAGGAGCGAGUCUGACGGAUUUUGUUUAUGUAGGGUUUCGAGUCUUGUUAAGUCAGCCAGGGCGUCUACCAUUUUCCGUAGGCGUUGCUUUUUGAGGGCCGUGGCUAUUGCUAUUAGGUGUCCUCUGAUCGUUGCUUUAUGGGCUGCCCAAACCGUUGUCGGCGCCAUGUCGUCGGUGGCGUUGAGUUCAAAGUAGGUUUUAAGGUUUUCCGACACUGUGUGGACCGUGGCCGCGUCUUUGAGUAUCCAUGGGUUGAGUUUCCAUCGCCACGGGCGCGCCCUUAGUGGGAUCUGUAUCGUCAGCGCGACUUCCGCGUGAUCGGACCACGCAAUGUUUCCAAUGUGUGUGUGAAUGGUCCAGGGCUGGACGGCUGGGGAUAUGAGGAAACUAUCGAUACGGGAGUAUGACUUGUGUGCGUGGGAGUAGAAGGUAAAGUCCGCGGCGGUCGGGUGUUGGAAUCUCCAGGCAUCCAGUAAAGGGGUUUCCAGUAGAAAAUCUGCAUAUAAUUUGUCGUUCCUGGUCGAGGAGGGUGCGCUACCGGACUGAGAUCUGCGGUCUAUGGCAGGCGUGUGGGUCGCGUUUAUGUCUCCUCCUAUGAUUAGGUGUUUGGCUGAGAGGCUAGUGAGGUGGGUCUUAAAUGUGUUCCAGAAUGUUGCAUCCGGGUUGGUAGGGGCAUACAGGGAGCAUAUUGUUAGUGUAGUCGUGCCCGCUCGUCCUGUGAGGAAGAGGAAUCUCCCUGAGGGGUCUUUGCGGGUUUGUAUAUCAUCCAGAGGGCACGAGUUUCGCAGCAAUAUUGCAACUCCUUUCGUUUUUGCUUUUGGCGAGUUGGCCAAAUAAUAUCUCUUAUAGUGCCUAUUAAGUAGCGGGAACUGUUUGUGAUCGGUGAAGUGGGUUUCCUGAAGUAGGACGACGUCCGCUCCCGUGCGGUGGGCCCAACGUAGUAUCCCAUGUCUUUUCCCUGGCGAGUUGAGUCCUUUGACGUUGAGGGAAAUGAAGCGGAUUUGGAGGUUCCGCGGUGCCAUGCUGGUGCGUGGGGGUGGUCACGAUCCGGCAGUGGUGCGAGGGGCGUCGGUUAGCUAGGCGUCCGUUCGGGGUGCGUUGGGCAGUCGAGUCUGGGUGGGGUCGGCAGGGGUGGUGGAGGGUGGUAGCAGGGGUGGGUUAGUAGGGUCCCGCCCGCGCGGGUCUUUCGGGUCGCCGCUGACGCCCUGCGGGGGCGGUGUGUGAGGGACUGGGCUUAUCAAACUGGCCAGUCGAGGUUAGGCGGGGGCCUCGGUUGUCCGUCCCAAGGUCCGCGCGGCAGUCCUCGGGAGUAUCGAGGCCGGUGGGAAGGGGUGUACACAAGUGGUGGCAGGUUCCGCCCACGGCCUGCCCAUGGUCCUGUUGCUGUGGCUGAGCCUGGGGUUGGAUGGGUGGUGUAUGAGGGCUUUUGGGUGUGUGUCCCGUCGUGUGGCGGGCGUGUGCAUUCUCUUCGUGAGGCGGGUGUAUCAAAAAUUCUGGGUGGUGUACCCGCCGGAUAUCGCUAUCCCUGUAUGUGUGUGUGUCAGGUGUCCCUUUGUGUGUGGGUCCUGCGUGCGCGUAUAUCCCUAUUUUGGGGUGCGUAUGCAUGCCAUAGGGACGAGUUCUGUCCUAUUAAAGCUCUGAUUUGCCAGUAGGGUGUGUCCGGAAGGGGCAGUGGAGGGGUGACCUCAUGUCGUGGGUGGUGGUGAGAUGGCCUGGAGUGUGGGUUGUCUAUCGCGGCCUUAUCGGCUCUCAAGAGGGCCUGGUUGUGCCUCCGCGGUCUGAGGUUCAGAGUGUGUGUCGUGGUCUGUGGGAGCGGGUAACAGCCGGUUCCUGUGUAAAACAUGCAUACAUUUACAAUGCAACAUUAUAACGUUAUAACAUUUGAACAAAUUGUUAAUGCCUUGAGCAGAGGUAUCAAAAAAAAAAAAGGAAGGGGGGGUCAGAGGGAGCAGUGGUCUGAGCUGGUGCUCUCUAUCACAUGUAGGAAUUGUCCCGUAGGUCCACGGUUUAUCCAAAGAGCGGUCGUGUACGUCUAUACCUAGUCUGCGGUUCGGCGUCCGGUCAACUGGUUAGGGGUCGGUCUGCCUUUGAUCAGGGUGUGUGUGAGGCCUGGGAGCAGGUGGGGCAGUGUUGUGUGUGGUUGCUGCCGGCUAGUCGUGCUUGAUGUGGGCAUGCGCUGUGCAUGUGAUGGUGGUGCUUGUCCCUUGUCCGUGAGUCAUGUGUGUGGAGCGUCCCUGGCUCCUUGCCCCGUCUGGCAUGUGUAGGGCUAGUGGGGCCAUGGUAUCGGUCAUGUGCCUGUUGUCGGGAGGUCGGGGAUGGGGGGGUCAGCGGUUGCUGCCGGUGUAUGGUCUCCGUCAGUCAGAGUGCGGGGUGCAGGUCAUGCCGGAGGGGCGGGUUUGUCGGUCCCCCGUCGCCCCGUCAUUCCCGUCACCCCCCCCUCCCCCCCGGAACCCCCCCCCCAUCCCAACUUCUGGGUCCCUGCCCGCCCCGUUGGAGGUUGUCUGUGGGCGAUAA